CGGGAGCAGGAUUGACCUCCGCCGGUGCGCACCUCCAUCCAUGGUCCUCCCCUGGAUGUCCGUCUGACAGGAGGGUUGGUGUAACUUUGCUGACGAGACAGAGGCAGGCCCUGAGUCCGGAGGUGAAGAGAACGAGAUAGGAGUCCUCCCAGAUAGCAGGGGGUAGCAGCAAGCAUGCAGGACUCGGCCUCGGACAGCAAGAUGGCCAAACAGGAACAGAACUCCAAACAUCUGGAUGAACCCAGAGAAACGGACGACAUGUCAGAGAAGACGUCCCCAAACAAGAACCUCAAGUCUCCCCAGAAGGGCUCCAAACGACUUAAAACCGCCCCCUUUAAAAUGACCCUGCUGGACACCUCCGAGUUUGAAGGCGAAAUUGAGAAACACUCAAAAGGACAGACCCUGAUGGACAUGGUGUGUGAGCACCUCAACUUGUUGGAGAAAGACUACUUUGGUCUGACCUUUGCUGACACGGACACCCAGAAGAACUGGUUGGACCCCUCCAAGGAGAUCAAGAAGCAGAUGCGCAACUCUCCGUGGCACUUUGCCUUCUCCGUAAAGUUCUACCCUCCAGACCCCUCCCAGCUCACUGAGGAUAUUACCAGAUACUACCUGUGUCUGCAGCUGAGGGAUGACAUGCUGUCAGGUCGGCUGCCGUGCUCGUUCGUCACUCACGCCCUCCUGGGCUCCUACAGCGUUCAGGCCGAGCUGGGGGACUACGACCAGGAAGACCACGGCUCCGACUACGUCAGCGACUUCCGCUUCGCUCCCAAUCAGACUCGUGAGCUGGAGGAGCGGGUGAUGGAGCUCCAUCGAAAUUACAAGGGGAUGACUCCAGCAGAGGCUGAAAUUAACUUCCUGGAGAAUGCAAAGAAACUGUCCAUGUACGGGGUGGACCUCCAUCACGCUAAGGAUUCUGAAGGGAUCGACAUAAUGUUGGGUGUCUGUGCCAACGGCCUGCUGAUCUACCGCGACAGGCUGAGGAUCAACCGAUUCGCCUGGCCAAAGAUCCUGAAAAUCUCCUAUAAGAGGAGCAACUUCUACAUCAAGAUCCGACCCGGAGAGUAUGAGCAGUUUGAAAGCACAAUUGGUUUUAAGCUUCCGAACCACAGAGCUGCCAAGAGGCUGUGGAAGGUCUGCAUCGAGCAUCACACCUUCUUCAGGCUGGUGUCUCCAGAGCCUCCUCCGAAGGGCUUCUUGGUGAUGGGUUCAAAGUUUCGAUACAGUGGGAGGACACAGGCUCAAACCAGACAGGCUAGUGCUCUUAUAGACCGGCCCGCUCCGCACUUCGAGCGUUCCACCAGCAAGCGGUACCUGCUGUCCAGGAGCUUGGACGGAGCAGAGUUCUCGCGGCCGGUUUCAGCCAUGUGCGAGAACCACGACGGCCUUUCCCACCGCAGCGUCGGUGAACAGCGUCGCCUCCGCAGCCCCUCGGUGGACGAGCAGGAAACCGAGCUGGAGCCCAGUUUGGAGCAGGACGAGGAGGACAGGGACCAAGAGCGGGGCGAGGACACAGGGCAAGAGGACAACGGCGAUGUCACUCCAAGCAGAAAGAAAGAGAUCAUGUUCCUGGAUAAGUCCAAGGACGUCUUGCUGAAGCACCAGGCCAGCAUCAACGAGCUGAAGAGAACCCUGAGGGAGCCCAACAGCAAGCUGCCCUACCGUGAGAAAACUCUGUCAGCCACCUCCCUGACUGGCACACCGGAGAAGAAGGCUCCUCCCGUCGCAAAGAAGGAAGCCAGUGCUGUGAGCAUGGCCCACAUGCUGAAGAGGGCCGACAGCAAGACGGAGACGCAUACGAAUGGAUCGGAGCUCCACCCCGGCAUUAUGAAUGUCUCACCGCAGAACUUUACAGUCGUCAGCCCGCGGGAGGCUCCUGCUGUCCUUAAAGAAAAUGGCUCCCCUGUAAAGGCUGGAACCCAGGGGAGGGAGUCUGUUGUGUCCCCGCUGACCAUCACCGCUGAGAAUGUCACCUCAGCAACCACAACUCAAGUUACCAAGACGGUGAAAGGAGGCUACUCAGAGACCAGAAUCGAGAAAAGGAUUAUAAUCACAGGAGACGAUGAUGUGGACCAACAUCAGGCCCUCGCCAUGGCGAUCCAAGAGGCCAAGCAGCAGCACCCCGACAUGCUGGUGACAAAAGCAGUGGUGAUCAGGGAAACAGAUUCUCCCACUGAGGAGCUGCAGCAACAGCAGGCAGAGUCCUGAUCGGCCAUGGUGGCUCCUGAGACAGUUGGUUAGAGAACAGGGGAUGGACCCUUCAGUUGUCAGUGUCUCCUGGCCCGCCACCGCCCCCCCUCCCACCUCCUCCGCAAAACACCACCACCCACAUACGAGGACUCUCUACCCCGCCUGCAGAAACACCGACACAUGAACAGACUGCGUUCCAUGAAGCAGUAGACCUCCACUCCCAUCCCUCCAGACAAAACCGCGGCCUCUGUCCCAAACCGGCCCCCUCUGCCUGUCCUGGCCCAUCCCAGCCUUCACCAGCCCUCCACCUCAUUAUGGAACAGGAACCGCUUCUACUGGAUUAUUUACCGCUUGGCUUAAAGAAGUGGAGGCGUGAUAGCAUAUUACUUAUAUAUUAUUCGAUCUCAUACAUUUUGACUCCUUUGAACCCUGAGGGUCAUUCGAAUCAAUGGGUUUUCAACCCCAAACCCCCAGC